AUGGGAGAACUACGUAAAGGUAAAUAUACCUUUAGACACGAUUCUGUACUUACCCAUUUGGUAGAAACUUUGAAAAAGUUCAUUUUUGAGCUUCCUUCUGAACCUCCUAAAAAUUGUCAAAAAAUAACCUUUCUGAGAGCCGGGUCAAAGGCACAUACAAAAUCUAAAGUGUCAGGUAUACUGCACCUGGCCAAAGAUUGGAAGAUUGUUGCUGACACACACUCGAACUAUGUGUUUCCUAGCCAUAUUGCCAUUUCUGAGCUUAAACCAGACCUUGUGUUAUAUUCAAAUGACCUUAAGCGCGUUAUUAUUGUAGAACUCACUUGCCCAUGUGAGGAAAACAUGAAUGCUUGGCACUCCACCAAAGUUGCCAAAUAUUCCUGUUUAAUGAAUGUGAUUAUGGUUAAUGGCUGGCAAGUUGAUUUCUUCGCAGUGGAAGUAGGAGCAAGAGGAUAUUGUGCAAGAACCACCACUGCCUGUUUAAAAAGAAUGGGUUUCACCAACAAACUUGCUUAUUCCACUGCAAAUGAUCUCGGUAAAAUCAGUAUGAGGUCUUUUUUUUGUAUCUGGCUGGCACGUGAAUCCAAUGUUUGGUCAACUGACUCCUUAAUGCAAUUACCCAGAUCCAAGCAGGCUUUGCCCAAUGGAGAGACCAAGGGUGUUUCAUCUCGCCGAAAGGGGCCUUCUAAAAAGGUUAGCCAAAAUAAAAGUGACACUCAAGCAAUUAGUGUCUAUAAAAACAUCGUUUUUUAA